AUGUGGCAGGGAUCACACCUCGCUUUCUUGCUCGCCGCCGCGAACGUCUUCGCCCCAGGCGUCCAGGCCGUCGAUCCCCUCGUCGACCUCGGGUACGCCCAGUUCCAGGGAGCCGUCACCGAUGCCAAGCUGGGCGUGACAACCUGGAAGGGCAUCCAGUAUGCCGCUCCCCCCGUUGGAGAUCUCCGCUUCGCCGCGCCCGCCGACCCCGUUCAGACCGGCUUGAUCAACGCCACCGUCCAUGGCCACAUCUGCCCUCCCCAGCAGCCCAACGAUUGGACCGUGUCCGGCACCUACUCGCGCUUCACGGUCGACGAGGACUGCCUCUACCUGAGCGUCACGGCUCCGUCCAAGGCCAAGGCCGACUCCAGGCUUCCUGUCGUCUUCUUCCUCCAGGGCGGUGGGUUCGGUUCCAACUCGAACGCCAACUGGGACGCCAGCGAGAUCGCGUCCGACGGCAACGUCAUCGUCGUGCAGAUCAACUACCGCGUCGGCAUGUACGGCUUUUUGCAGAGCGAGGAGGUCCGCGCCGGCGGCAGCCUCAACGCCGGCAUCAAGGACAUGAUCAAGGCCCUGGAGUGGGUUCAGACCAACAUUGCCAAGUUCGGCGGCAACCCCGAGCAGGUCGUCCUCGACGGCGUCAGCGCUGGCGGCUCGGCCGUGGGUCUCCUGAUGGCCGCCGACACGGGCGGCAAGCAGCUCUUUGCUGGCGGCAUUGCCGAGUCCGGCGGCUGGGUGACGAUGCGGUCGAUGGAGCAAGGCCAGGGUCAGUACGACUGCCUCGCCAAGGAGAAGGGCUGCUCCGACUCUGCGGACUCGUUGGCAUGCCUCCGUGCCCUGAACCAGUCCGCCGUCCGGUCCUCGAGCUGCUGGUUCAACCCGGGGAUCGACGGCGAGCUCUUCACCGACAGCAUGGUCAACCUCUUCAAGCAGGGCAAGUAUACAAAGGUCCCGACCAUCUGGGGCUCUUGCGCCCAGGAGGGCACCAUGUACUCUGCGCCGCAGUCGACCAACUCUACUGAGGAGGCCAACAAAUGGCUUCUCGGCCAGGACCCGUCUCUGUCCAACGCCUCCCUCGCCAUUCUUGAUGAUCUCUACAUCAACGUGCCGCAGCCGGUGUACCCCGACUCCGGAGUCAAGUGGCGUCAGGCGGCCAACGCCAUCGGCGACGUCGGCAACCACUGCAUCAUCCGCAACAUCCAGGACUACUUCGCGCGCGACGAGGUGCCGACGUACAACUACAAGUACGCCGUCCAGGACCCCAAGUCCGAGGCCGAGGGCUUCGGGGCCUACCACACGGUGAACACGUACGCCUUCUGGGGCCCCAACCGCACCGACGGCAGCGCGCCCGCCUCCUACUUCGAUAUCAACAAGCCCAUCGUCUCGCAGUUCCGCAAGUACUGGGUCUCCUUCAUCCGCAACCUGGACCCCAACACCGACCGCGAGAAGGGCGCCGCCGAGUGGAGGCCCUUCACCGGCCCCGAGGGCCGCGAGAGGCUCUUUGUGCAGACCAACAACACCCACAUGGAGAGGAUGAGCACCGCGCAGGCGCUCCGCUGCGACGUUGUGCGGCCCUUUUCCGAGAACCUGGGCAAGCCCGUCGACGAGGGCGCGGUCACGGAGCUGGAUGCGACUUUGGCUGCCGGCAUCAACAGCACGACCGAAGACACAAAAUUCAAGAAGAGACACGUUAGACAGUUCUCCAAGUAUUACUAG